AUGUCUGCCACCACCACCAAGCCGCCCAUCCCCAAUCUCCGAGACCUCGCCGGCGGCUCUUCCUCCAUCCUCCGCCCCAACCUCAUCCUGCGAUCAGCUGCCCCUCCCACAGUCUCGUCGCCCGAGCUCGAGGCCCUCAACAUCAGCACCGUCUUCGACCUGCGCUCCGCCCUCGAGGCCGCCCGGCCAAACUCGUCCGGCGACGCCGGCAACCCAGAAGCCCCCGAGCAGUGGCCCGGCGGUCCUCGCCGCGUGCACGUCCCCGUCUUCGAGGGCGCCGACUACGGUCCCGAGGCCGUGGCCCUCCGGUUCCGCAAGUACGCGGAUUCGCAUCCCACCGAGGGCUUCGUCACUGCGUACAGGGACAUUGCUAUAGCCGGGGCCCCGGCGUUUGCCACGGUGCUCAAUCACAUUGCGUCGGACGAGUUCGAUCCUGUGGCCCAGAAGCCCAUCUUGGUGCACUGCACAGCCGGCAAGGACCGGACGGGUGUCUUGUGUGCGCUGAUCCUGAGCCUGUGUGACAUUCCGGAUGAGGUAGUGGCGGAGGAGUAUGGUCUCACAACGCAGGGCAUGGCGGCUGCGAAGCCGGGCCUGAUCAAGUACCUGGUUUCGACGCCGGCAUUUGCUGGAGACGAGGCGGGGGCCGAGAGGAUGCUGAGCUCAAAACCCGAAGCCAUGGUAGCUACGCUCGCCAUGAUCCGCAAGGAAUGGGGCUCCACCGAGGGCUUCUUCCUCAAGGAGAGCAAGCUCUCGCCAGACACCAUUACCCGCGUUCGACAGAAGCUUAUCAUCAGCAACUAG